AAGGUUGUUGUAUUUGUGUGGCUUCGGUUUUUGGCGUUAUCCCGUAAGAAUCCGUAAACAAAAAUGUUCGUGGCCAGUGCGGUUUUACGAUAAUGCUUUGAUGUGCUGUUAACACGUUGGUCUGCUAAACAAUACAAGACCGCGUCGUUUUGUCAUUAUUUGACAGGGCCCAAAAUGGAGCUGGACGACCGAAAAACUGAUCAGCAGCUAACCUCAAACAUGGGUAGCGUAUUGACUUCGCCUAAUGAUAAAACUGAAACAGGAGAUUCCACACCGACCUCGUCCACCGACGCUUCCACCAAGACGAAGGAGUCGGGAUCGGUUCCAGAUGAUCCUAUAAGUAGCACAUCUUCCGAGGCACCGCUUGUUAAAGUGUCAGAAAUGUCCAAAAAUGAGGACCCGUGCCUCUCGGAUGACUCCGAUCAGGAUCUGUUGGAAAACAUAUCCGGCGAAAAGAUCACUGAAGAUGUGGAAGAUUUAGUCCACGAUUUGGAAAGUCUCCUCGAAAAAUCAACCGACUCAUUUAAUAUAUCCAAUAUAAGGAGCAACAGAUCAUCGACCAGCGAUAAAGCACAGAUCGAAGCGGUCGAUAGUAGAAUAAUAAACGAUUUGGGCGAUUAUGUAAAGAACAAAGAGGAACCAGCAACACCUUUAGAUGAGAAGGCGCUUAGUCAGUCUGAGGAUGCUUCUUCAACACCAACAGAUGAACCUGAUAAAGCUGCCUCUCAGGAAAUUAAAAUUUCACCCAUUAUUCCUCAGGACACUAAGGAUGAUAUUUCGUCUAUGUCCGAAGAGGUUCACGGCACUGUAGCGGAACCUGAUAGUCAACAAGAGGACAAGUACAAUGAGGUGAUUGUGGAAGAACCUAAUGAUGAGGAGAAAGUGGAGGAAGAGAAAGUCUCAGAAUCAGUUGAAAUUACUGAAAUUCAAAGCGAUGCUCAGUGCGGAGAGGAUAUUACAUCAGAUCCGGUUGUGGAAGAACCUCAAGAGAUUAAAGAACCCACUGAAAUUAAUAAAAGUUCAAUAGAAGAAGCUGCUGAGGUUCAAGAGGUAGUAUCAGAAAAUCUAAUGAAAAUUGCAGAAAUUAAGUCUUCGGAAAUGGACGAUAAUAAAGAAGUAGAUGAAAAACCUAAUGAACCAACAAUUAUUGUGGCGGAAUCUUCUGAGGAUGCUAAAAUUGAACAAGUAUAUGAGUUGGUUGGUGAAUCUCAGAAUGAUGGUGCAAACACAAAAGACACUUUGGAAAGUGAGAGUGUAGUGCAAGACAUUGACCAGGAUGCUUCUAAGGCAUCUAGUGAUAGUGCACCUGAAGAGUGUAGUUCUACUGAAAUUGUUGAAAAUAAUGUACAAGAGAUAAAUGAAAUUACAGAAGUUUUCCAGAAUGAGCAGGUUUCCAAUGUUGCUCCUUCUAAUGCUUCAACACUAAUGGAAGUAGAUGAUGAGUCCAGUUCAGUAGCUGAAACAUCUAAAACUGAAGUUUCUGAUGACCAAAUUACGAAACCAGAGUUAAUGGAAUCAACAGAAUUAAUUUCUGAUGCAGGAACAAUAAAUGAGGAAGUACAAGAAGUAAGUGAGAAUGAGGUACACAAAGUUUUAAUGGAAGUUGAAGAAAGCAAAGAGUCAGUAUUGACUAGUUCAGAAAUUAAUCCUGUGGUUCAAAGUAUUGACAAAAUAGAAUGUGAAAUGAAUGAAGUGGAGCAAAAUAGAGAACAGAAUGUGACAAGUGAAUCAAUGGAAGAUUACAAAGAAAUAGAGAACAAUCCUGUAAAAUCUGAAGAUGUAAACAAUGAUGUGGUUCAGGAGGAAGAAAAAGAUCAAGAGCAGAUUUCUGCACUAGAAAUUCAAGAAAAUGUCACUCAAGAAGCUUUGAAUUCAGAAGACAAGUCAGAAGAAUUAGAUGAAACAAAUAUUAUUGAUAAAGAGUCAGAUUUGAAAGCCCAGGAUGUAACUAAUAAUGUUGGGGAUGUGCUCCAAGAGUCUACAACAGUUGAAGAAAAGACUGAGAUGUCAACAGAAGAAGUAGGGGAAACCCCUGGUGAUUUAGUAACUGAAAAUUCUCAAGAAAAUAUAGUAGAAGAUAAAGAACUUGAAAAAGAAAUACCUAAAGAAAUUUCUGCAACUGACAAAGAAUUGAUAAAAAUUGGAGAUACCAAAGAAAUAUCAACUCACACGCCAGAAGAAAUUAAUGAAACUUUUUUGGGAACUUCGGAAAAUAAAAUUGACGCAAGUGAAGAAACGUUUAAGGAAGAACUUCCACAAUUGUCAGAUAUUUCACAUGAAUGUUCCAAUUCUCUUGGGGCAUCAGAACAACUUGUAAAUACAGAAUCCAACAAAAAUUCAGAAACUGUAAUUGCCAAUGACGAACGCGAUAAACAAGUUGAAAAAGAAACCGUUGCUGAAGAAUCAUUGGAUCAAGAAAUUCCAGUAUAUAGUAAAUUGGAGACGAAUAGUGAGUACAUUGAGUCAGUUGAAAGUACUGAGCUUUCAAAACCUGAACCUUCAAAGCUUCCCGCUAAUACUUUGAUAGAUAAUGAUUCGGAGAUUGAAGAUUUUCCUGUUUUGCAAUUAAGCCCCCCAGAUGAUUUGGUAACAGAAUUUCCAGAUACUGCAAAACUUAAAGAGGAGAAAUUUGAGGAGGAUAUUGCUGUUAAUGAAGAAGUUCAAAAAUCCAGUAUUCCUUCAGAAACACAAGAAGCUGAUGUACCAAAAACCGUCCUAACGGAGGAAUUAAUUGAUCAAAAAAUAGCGCAUGGUAUCAAGACAAUAUUGGAAACAACGCCACCAGGGACUCCUUUAUUUAAAAAGGAAGAUUUUAUUAAAGAAUUAAUUUCAAAAAUAUUUGGUGAUGAUUCCCCUAAUGACUCAUUAAUAAAACAAAUUCAUGAUAAAUUACAGGAGCAACUCCACCAAAUGUUCCCACUACAAGUGGAGGAAUUAGAUAAAAAAGAAGUUGUUUCAGAGUCUGAAAGAGAGCAAAUAGCUGAAGAAUUAAUUGAGAAAGAGGAAGUUUCAGAAUCUGAUAAUGUGAAAGUAGAGGAAGGAUUAAUUCAAAAAGAAACUGCAGUGGAUCCAGACCCAAAAGAUUUAUUAGAUAAAGAAUCUGUACCUGAAUCUGAUGUAGUCCCAAUAGCAGAAGACCCUCCAAUGGAAGAGAAAAGUCAAGCAAAUAUUAUUAACACACUUGUAAAAGACUCCAACAUAUCACAUGAGACUUUGGAACAUCAAGAGCUACCAGAUGAAACAGCAUCAGUAGCUCCAUUUGCAGGAGAAUCAGAUAAAUCAAUAGUUGUUCAAGAAGCAAUACGUCCGAAAUUAAUAGAAGAACCUUGCUUAAGAAAUCAACAAGCAAAAAGCUUAUUUGACACACCAAAUAGUUCCGAGGCAAAUUCUCCCUUGGUUACAGAAAGUAUCGAGGCUCCGGAAACCAUCGACUCUCAAGAUGUUAAGAUUCACAAACAUCUGGUUGCACAUGUUAAAGAGAAUGAUUCUAAUGUACUUGAUAAUCACACAGAUGAAUCAGUGUUUCCAGCUUCUGAAGUUGUUUCCAGUCAAGAUUUGGAAACUCAACAAGCGGUGGAAAGUUUAAAGAACAUUUGUGAUAAUGAGCCACAAGUUGAAAGCUCUGGAAGCUUCAUGGACACAACAGAUAUGAACAACUCAUUUAAUGAAAUUCCAAGUGCUAGUAAUCAGGAAUUUGACGUUUCGCCUGAUACUUCUGAAGUUGAAAAAAAUAGUCAAGACAUCGACGAGACACAAAUUUUGACAAGAGCGGCAAAUGCAGCUAAAUUGAGGCAAGGAAAGUUGCACAAGAGCGAACCGUCACUGGAGAAGCCACUAUCAAUUUCGGUAGAAGAAACCAAGGAGGUGAAACAUUAUAGUCCGAAAUUGAUUAUUAAGCCUCUUAAAGUUCCAGAUGAGGAAAUCAGCACUACUAGUAACUUGGAAUUGGAGCCAAGGGAGCCCUUGAAAAUGACAAUUACGAAACAAUCAGAUAAAAUGCAUUCCAUAUUAAAGAUUUAUAAUCCCAAUGAAAGUAUGGAUCAAGAAGUAGAUAGUCCAGAACAAACAGUACCGAAGUUAAUAAUUAAAACGAAGCAAGAUCAACAAUCAAGUCCCAAAAUGGCGACUAGAAGCUCUAAAGCUGCUUACAAUUCUCCCACUAGUUCCACUCAGUCUAGAUCCUCUAGUCCAAGAGUAACUGCCAAGGCUGAAGCUGUAAGUCCAUUCAAAAUUACUAUUAAACAACCUGUGAAGGAAGAGUCGAAACAAAAACACAGCCCUAAAUUGAUUAUUAAACCCGUGGUGAAAACCGAUGACGACAUGAAGGAAGAAAAGAGCCCCAAGCUAAACAUCAAACCGAUAAGACCGCCUGAUGAAAUAGAACAAGUGCACAGCCCUAAAAUUAGGAUCAAACCGAUUCCCAAGCCCGAAGACGUAUCGGAGGGGCCGCACACUCCACGGUUGAACAUCAAACCGGUCAAGAGACAGGACAAUGAGAAACAAACGGAGGAAACACCACAAAAGUCCAGCCCGAAAGUCACAAUAAAACCGGUGGUCAAACCACCAGAGGCCGAUGUGCCGAAGAACGACGACGAAGAAGUGAAAGAACGUAUCGUUCUGAAAAUCAACAAGGGCAACUUAACCACCCCGUCAAAGGAGUCGCGCAAGAGGGAACAUUCCGAGGAAAAAUCUGAAAAAUUGAAAAAGAUCAAAUUGAAAUUUUCCAAAGAGGGUACACCGCACAUUGUGCAGCAAGUGUCUGAUGAAUCCGGCAAGAGAUCAUCUGACGAAUUUGAAGGCGAAUCACCGGACAAAGCAAAAAAGUUGAAGGCCGAUGAGGCCAAAGAGUCUGAAUCGAAUGUUGCCACUCCCGUCAUGAGGGUCGUGGAACAGAAUGUGGAGGUGAAACAUGAGACUGUGGUGCCAGCUACAUCAGAAUCUGUACCAGCAGAUAUGGCGACGCCGAAAUCGGCACAGGUAACGCCGACGCCCCGUAAACGUGGCCGUCCCAGGAAGCAGCCGAUUGAACCGACGCCGGAACCGCCCGCCGAGACCGCCACCCCGCCCUCUGAUGUCGAAGCGUUAGCCAAAUUGGCCGAGACGCCGCAGCCAGCCGCCACGGAAACUGGCAGGCCGAAGCGCAGCUGUCGUGGCGUUUCGGUAUGCGACACGCUGGGCAUCAAGCCGAGGAAACCAAGGGGUGGCAAGGCGAGGGGCGCAGCCAGAGGCCAGGGCCAGAGCAGAGCGACACCCAUGAAACCGGCUAAGGAGACGAAGCUGAGUAAAGCCCGCUUGAAGUUGUUGGAGAAGAGCGCCAAGGAAGCUUUAGAAGCGCAGGGACAAAGUAAUGUUGCCGAAUCAGCGGUCGCGGGGGAUUCAUCGAAGCAGGAACAAUCGGAGACUGUGAGAAAGACGGACGAUUGCAUCGGACCUUUGUCGGAGUUCAGCGGUAAUCCCGUACCGUCCGUGGCCGAUCCAGUCUGCAUCGAUUUGACUGCAGAAGACACAUCCUCCAAUGAAGUUACCUCUACCCAGCUUACAGAGGUUGGUCGUGGCACUUCGACCGAAACUCCGGUGACAAACUUGGAAGAGAAGCUUCCGCAUUUGGAGAUUUCUGGUGCGGCCAAUUUAGAUGGUGCUUCUACGUCUAACACGUUGCCGGAGAUCGCGAUGUUCGAGGAGGAGACUAGAAUGAGUGCCGAGGCUAAUAGCAGAGCACAAACUCCAGCCAAACAGGUGAUGGUAUCGACUCCGAUGGAAGUAGAGGAAUCCCAAAGUUCGAUUCAGAGUACUGCGACCGUAGAGAGCGGCAAAACACCCGCUUCAAAAGCCAACAAGGGAUCCCGGCUGGAAGUGCACCAUGAUCCCGACCAGAACAUAAUUUCCGCCGAUCAACUCGCCGAGUAUCACUGGAACGGCAACGGUCCGUUUAUGUUACAAGAACAGGUGGCUCAAUUCCUGGGCAUAAAAUCGUUUAAGAGGAAGUAUCCGAAUAUCCAGCGGAGAUUCGUCGACAUGCAAGAACGUGACUUUAUAAGAGAGAGUGCUCUCGCAUCGGAAGCGAUGUGUGAUCUUGGACUGACUGCGGUGCAUUCCGCAGAUAUAUUAGACAUAAUGUAUAGUGAUUUUCAGGAGAAAUACGAAGAAUAUUGUAAGCAUCAAAGAGACAGACAAACUAAAGAGUUGAUUAAUAAACAAAGGGCUCUUUCAUUGGCGGCGACACAGGAGAAAAAUAAGCUCGAUAUUACAGAGCAAGCUAUAUCUUCGGCAGCCUCAUGGAACGCCAAUUUCAACAAGAUGAGAAAAGAACAGCGAAAGGCUUCCAUGGACCUUCAAACAUUGACUGUACAUUAUCCUAAGGGUAAAAUAAAGCAGAUAAACAAAGGAAAAAUUGGAAACUAUCCGGUUUCCUUGGUGCCAGGACAAUUUACUGAUUUCUAUCAGGAAUACACUCCCACAGAAAUUAACAACUUGCCCAUAAACACAAUGUGUUACGACCCCAUAAAUUACAAUGAUAGUGAUGAAUCGGAAUCUUCCGGAUCCGAGUCCGAAUCAGAAUCAUCAGAUACAGAUUCUAGUUCAUCUGAGUCCUGCUCAGGUGACGAUGACUGUAAAAUGUGUGUUAAAUCGCAGUACCAUCAAACAGUUAAGAAAGCUGCUGCCACAUCAACUAAGUAAACAGUAUUUAAUAAGUUUUAAUGUUUAGGUAGAACUGCUUAAUCUUGGUGUGUUGACGUGUAUAUAUUUUUUACUUUAUUGAUGUUACACUGAAUAAAAAUUAUAUAUCAUAUAAAA